AAUGAUCAUCCAAAACUCCCAGCAAUGGUACUUUACUUUCCAAAAACAUAUUGCAGCUCUGCAGGAGACACUUGAUAAUCUCGCUGUGUCGCACUGAGCCUGUCAUGUUUAGAUUUUCGUGUAAAAAAAUGUUAGGCUGUGUAAAUGUAAAUCAUAUAUAAUCAACCUUCAGUUUUGCCUUCUUGAGUCUCUUAAUAACUUGAAUCUUACAAUGUUGAUCACUUUACUUCGUACACAUUAUUUUUUUGUUUGAUCAUCUUAGUUUGCCAGACCUUAAUUUAUUUUUAUUAUGUAUCUUCGACUUUAUUCCCCUCAUCCGCAGUUUUUUGUGUCUUAUUAUUGUGUCAGGAUUACAUACUUUAUAAUUUCAGUAUUUGUACUAUUCCAGGUCUACCCAUUGCACUAUUUAAUAAUUAUGAUGAUGAUAAUAAUAAUAAUAAUAAUAAUAAUAAUAAUAAUAAUAUCUGAGAGGUAAAUUUGAGAGUAAAAAGGUUACUUCUGAAAUGAAUUUGAAGUCAGUUUUCCAUGUUGGGAGUAGUAGCUAAUCUGUGAACAGCAAAAAGAAUAUGCAAGGGAACACCAUGAUGAAUCGGGAUAGUGUAUGAUUUAUUGACAAAAAUAAGGCAUACGCUCCAGCUGCGCGUGGCCGCGGUGCUCAUCUCCGUCGCAUUUGCCCUGCCUUGUGGGAAAAAUCCAACACCCCGAAACAGUGCAGGCCCAGUGUGACAUCAGAGUUACUACAGUUUACCUUCCCCUGCUUUCCCCAGGUAGGCUACCUGCCCAUUUAUCGACCAGCCCAAAAGGGAGGAUGAACAGCUGGGUGAACUACAUGCUGACUGCCCGGCCGGGAUUCGAACCUGUGCCCGCGGAUUCGUAGCUAUAGGCACGCUAACCACGAGACUACGGAGGCCACUAAAAUAUAGUGACCAUGAAAAAAAUUGUAGUGAUAGUGAAAAAAAAAUGUCAUCAACUUACAUAGGCUAUAUAAAGGUGGGAAUAAUAAAAAAAUAACAAUUAUGUUACCCCAGGAAUCCUAAGGGCUUUAAAAUAUUAAUCCCUGGUCCUGGUGACAACACCAGUCAUGGCUUUAUUUCACUGCAAUUAACCACAUGUACUGAUUGACUGGAUUGAUGGUUUAUUGUCGUAAAAGUAUACAACAAAGGAGAAGGGAUCAAGGAACAUGCCAUAGUGUAAUUUGCAGUAACAAGAAACAUGUGUAGGUACAAUAUUCACAUCACUAUGGAGGGUAGGAAAUAAUAAGAUUCGUAAUAUUAUAACAGAACACAGGAAAGCAAAGGAAGAAAGUGUAUGAAACUAUAGUUCAGGGUGAAUGUAUGCUAUUAACCUACACCAUACUGCCGGGCAUGCUCCUUCCUUCUUUGUGAAAAUCAAAAUCUACAAUAAACUUACCAAUCAAUCAAUAGUUCAGGGUAAAGUGUAUAAGUGUGCACUGUGAAGUAACUAAGUGCAGGGUCUGAAGUAUUGAAGUGUUGAGAAGGAGGACCCAAGAAGCGAUACAAAGCGGAACAGGUCAUAAUAAUAAUAAUGAUAAUAAUAAAAAAGUUGAAAUAAUACCCAAACCAGCACCUCUGCCCUCCAAGUGUUGUGUUUGUCUCGCGGAGUCUCGCGGCCUCUCGGGGAUCCUCGCGGCCGGCCAGGUGGCGCGAAAUGGCAAGUGUGACGUGCAGUUCUUCCACUCCAGAGAAGAGGCUCCCUUCAUGAUCACGGACACCCAUGCCUGUUAUUAAACUAUCACUAAAGUGGCAGUCAUAUUUAAAAUGAGGCGCUCCGCUGCCCCCUCACAGCUCUUGAAGCGAGCCCAGCAGUUUCGGGCACCUGCUUUUGUGAGCCACCAGGCCAAGCGUCCUUGCCCAACCCCUCAGGAGGGUCAGAAGGAGCCAAUUCUUCAAUGUCAGGAUUCCGAACACCCAAAUACUGACAUAAAAAAGCGAAGUGCAUCCGAUAUAUUGUCUGUUAUAAACAAAUCUAUAGCUCCUAACAGUGGCAGUGUUGAAGAGGAAAAAAACUGUAUAAUAAAGGGUGAUGGACGUGGCCAAUCAGCAGAGCUUGAAGGAGGCAGUGCUUUGGUGUCACAAGGUGGUCAGUUGACCCCGCUAGGUGAGAGCAGUUAUAAUAUUCCUCACCAUUCCAAUUUGACACACUCAAAAGAAUCAAUCGGAAAUGGAAGGUCUUUCAGUGUCCCCAAGAGGCAAGUGGAAAGAGGCAAGAGUGGAUGGAACAGUUCUUAUAGUACUGGUGGAUCUCCCAGCCUGGGGAGAGGACUACCAGAGGAGGAGAAUCAGGCUCCAGCUGAUGUCAGGUAUUACGCAGUGGUGUGGUGCAAGCUGUCUCGUAAGAAACACAAGAACUGGGAAGGAGAUGCUGUCCUUAUAGUCAAGGGAAGGAGUGUAGUCCUCAAGGACAUGGAAGCGAAGGAGAUAGGACGAGGUAUGGGCUACAAACUCAAGGAUCUGAAUUCCUUGGAGGAGGGCAGCACCCUCCCUGUGGGCGGCAAGGAAAUAGAGAUUCAAAAUGUCAUCAGUGCUGAGAGCUAUGCCCUGGGUCAUUGUUUCCAAGGAGAGAUUGCAGCAGUUAAUGAGAAGCCUGAAGCAACUGCCCCAAAGCCUCCCAGGCCCAAGCCCAAGCCGUUUCGCCUUCCAACAAUGGGCCGCACACCUGCUUCAGCGUGCCCCACCAGGGAAGGGGAAAAUGUUCCGCUCUUUGACCCUACCCUGCCAGAUGCUCUUGUUUUACCCAGACCUCCUGCUCAGCACCAGUGGCAACACAAUGGUUCUCAUGGCCGGGUGGUGGAUGUGGUGGUGGACCCUCACCUUGCCAGCAAGCUGCGCCCUCACCAGCAGGAGGGUAUUGUCUUUAUGUACGAGUGUGUGAUGGGCUUCCGUCUCCAAAGUGGGAGUGGUGCCAUCUUAGCUGAUGAGAUGGGGCUGGGGAAGACUCUGCAGUGUAUCACUUUGAUUUGGACUCUGCUGAAACAGGGCCCAUACAGCAGGCUUCCAGUGGUAAAGAGGGUGCUGGUGGUGACACCCUCCAGCCUCACUGCCAACUGGCUGAAGGAGUUCAAAAAGUGGCUGGGGAUGGAGCGCAUCCGUGUAUUUGUUGUGGACCAACAGAACAAGGUUGAGCAGUUUGCCUCGCAGCAAAACACACCAGUGAUGAUCAUUUCAUAUGAGAUGUUCAUCAGAAGCUCUGAAGUGAUUGAAAAGCUUGGCUUUGACUUGCUUGUCUGUGAUGAAGCUCACCGCCUCAAGAACCCGGCCAUCAAGACCACACAUCUCCUUGCCUCCCUUCCCUGUAGGAGGCGGAUCCUGAUGACUGGGACACCUAUACAGAAUGACCUGCAGGAAUUAUUUGCAUUGGUGGAUUUUGUCAACCCUGGCGUGCUGGGAACACCAUCCAGCUUUCGUCACAUUUAUGAGGAGCCGAUUGUUGCCUCUCAACAGCCCAACACUCCACACACUGAAAAGGAGCUUGGAACAAGCCGGGCCUCCCAGCUCAACAGGGUUACUUCACUCUUCAUCCUGCGUCGCACCCAAGACAUCAUCAAUAGGUAUCUUCCUCCUAAGUCAGAGUAUGUGGUUUUGUGCCAGCCCUCAGAGACUCAGCUGUCUUUAUAUUCGGAUGUGGUUGGGUGUCGCAGUCUUCGCAGAUGCUUUACUAGUGUUGAACCAGGAGACCAUCUUUCUGCCAUUCUGGCAUUGAGGAAGCUUUGCAACCAUCCAGCACUUCUAGCUGUUCGUGAUGGGGACAAUGAAAAGCAGAGUGACUUGGCACAGGAGAUUGCUGGAUUCAUGCCCUCACACUUGAAGGCAGGAGUGUAUGAUGAAGCUGACAGUGGCAAGUUGGCUGUUGUGUCCUGCAUGCUGUGGGCACUACGAGAGGGAGGGCAGGAGAAGAUUGUGUUGGUGUCUAAUUAUACCACCACCCUGGACAUGCUUGCUGCUCUGUGUGUCCAGUAUGACUAUCCUUACCUCAGGCUGGAUGGAUCAACACCCACGGCCAAGAGGCAACACCUGGUAGACUCUUUCAACAACAAACACUCAAAGGAUUUUGUGUUUCUGCUGAGUGCCAAGGCAGGUGGUGUUGGCCUCAACCUGGUGGGAGCAUCACGCAUCCUCCUCUACGACAUUGACUGGAACCCGGCCACAGACCUUCAAGCCAUGGCCAGGGUGUGGCGGGAUGGCCAACACAGGAAGGUCCAUAUUUACAGACUUUUGGUGGCUGGGACGCUAGAUGAGAAGAUGUACCAGAGGCAGGUGUGCAAGCAGGGCCUCAGUGGAGCGGUGGUGGAUGCCAGGGAAUCUAACCAUGCCCAUUUCUCCACAGAGGAACUUAAGGACCUCUUCACAGUACACUACGACACAGCUUGCCUUACCCAUGACCUUCUCCAGUGUGAGUGUGACCAGCAGGGGGGCAGUGCUGCUCCACAACAAGCAGCAACUGAACAGGAACCAGAAAGAGCCUGCCAGCUUGGGGCAGUGAGCACUUCUGCUACUGCUGACACACAAAUUACCAGGACCAUGGAUCAGCUGCAGCGUUGGUACCACCUUGCACCUCCCUUACCACUGUCUCUUAUCAAAGAUCAGUGCUUGGAGGCUGCCAGUGACUUCAUAACUUUUCUCUUCUACAACGAGUCUCGUACUGAAGUGAUGAAGUCCUCAUAGCGUCAGUGUGGCACAUACUGUAAGAAGAGGAAAGUUGAAAUUGAAAUUUAGUUAAAGGGAACAUUUUGAUACAUUUUUAUAUCAUAUGACUCUUUGCCCUCCCAUUCAGUUUUACAGUCCCCAGGGAAGGGCAAUGUAAACACUCCUGGAAACAUUUGUGUCAAUAAAUUGUUUACAUUAUA